CGUUCCAAGAGUCAAACACUAAUUGCACCCAAGCCUUUUACAUAUUUAUAUAAAUCUACCAACUCGCAGAUUUUCGUAUCCAAAAGCAUUCAUCAAACUCUUCGACCCAUCCCCAUAAUGGCUUCUGGUCGUAAAGUUGUGAAGUUUACUGUUACGUUCGUUGCAGCUGUUGUUUUGUUACUCGGCUUUGAUCGACAUGUUUUGGCCGCCAGGCCUCUAGAUGAAGUCCCAUUCGACGAAGCUCUUAUAGUUCAAUCGCUUCAAAGGGGUCCGGUGCCACCCUCAGGUGGAAAUCCAUGCACUAACAUACCCGGCCGCAACCACGGCCGCUGCACGUUGUCCGAAAUGAACGUGGUGGGCGGAGGUGGCGGCAUGCUUGCUCAUCCACCACCGGCGUUUCCUGACUUGGUCGUGGACUUUGGUGCAGCAUCCGCUGGUGGUAAUGAGACUGAUCAAAAAUAAAUCGUUUGUAUACACUUUUUUUUUCGUUUCUUGUUGGGGUGCAACCAUUCAAAGGCAGAAGAAGAAGCCUACUGGUUGUGAAACCCAUCAAACUGAUGUUAAAACAACACAUGAAUUGUAAUUGUUUAUUCUUUCUUUCUUUCUUUCUUUUUUCUUUUCAUUAUCCCAUUUUAUUGUUAUUAUUUUGAUGAA